ACUUCUACCUCGGUACAGACAGGAUAUCUAAACCGUCAACAUGAGCGCCGCAGCAGCAUCCCCAGUGAAGAAAGUCAAGAAGGCAACCAAGCCUAAGGUUCCAGCAGCACACCCUCCGUUUGCCACCAUGGUAACCGCAGCUGUAGGAGCUCUUAAGGACAAGAAAGGAUCGUCCAAAAUCGGGAUACUGGGUUACAUCAUGGCCAACUACAAGGUCGGUGAUGAUAAGAAAAAGGUCAGCUCCAGAGUCAAAACUGCUCUGAAGAGUGGAGUCGCAAAGGGAACACUGAAGCAAGUGAAAGGCGUCGGAGCUACUGGCUCAUUCAAACUAGGAGACAAACCUAAGGCAGUCAAGAAACCAGCGGCAGCAGCUAAGAAAGUAAAGAAACCAAAGAAGGCCGCAGCAACCAAACCCAAGAAGGUCGCUGCCGCAAAGAAAACAAAGUCCCCUAAGAAGGAGAAAGCAGCGAAGAAACCAGCAAAGAAGGUCGUCAAGCCGAAGGUCAAAACCCCGAAGAAGGCUGCAGCCAAAAAGCCCGUAGCCAAGAAACCUGCAGCUAAGAAGGCAGCAGCCAAGAAACCCGCCAAGAAGUAAACACUUUUCCAGUGUUUUGGUCUUUACAGACCCCCACCCCCAAAAGCCCUUUUCAGGGCUACCCAAAUUUCUCAAAAAGUGUCCAGGACUCUUCGAAUAUACGCAUUUUUAUAUUCCAGACUGCCGGGUUCCACCUGAGUGUGUUAAGAACAGGUAUAUGGUGAUAUAUAGGGAUGGGUGAUAUACCUAGGUAAAGGAGUGUAAUAUAGCCGUAAUAAACGGAUGUUGCAUCUUGAGGUAAUGGAGAGAGAAGCUGCGUAACUGAUGUUAUCUUAAAGGGUGUUUAAUAAAGAACGAAUUGAAACCA